UGGAGUGAGGGUGGGGUUCCCUUGGGGGUGGAAUGCCUGGGGCACAGAUGGAGCAGGCCAAAUCUUUGGGCCUGGCAUAGGAUUGGGCCUCUUUCCUGCCGGAGUCCUGGCAUCGCCCCCAGCUUCCUGGUGCAGACUCCUGAGUUUUCCUCUCUCCCUAUGCAGUCUCCCUUGCAGAAAGCAGGAACCCAGCGCCAGUUGGACCCCUUCCCGCUCAGCUUCAGUCUUGUCCCUGGGUGCCCGCAGGGAUUACCCCUUUGGUCAGGCAGCCGCUUUUAUUGGUGAGGGGACUACAUCUCCCAGCUGCCCCGGGCGGGAACUUCCUGACGCAGCACCCCACCCACCCACCCCGCCCCCGGCCCCCAAACCCGCGGGGAUGUGCGGGCCGACUGGGGGAGGUGACUUGAUGUCAUCGUGAGCAGCUGGGCGGCGGGUGCCGGUGCGCACAGAGCCGGGGCUCCUGUGGUGCUGCGCGGGUUGGGUGCCACGACUUGAGGAGAGGUCUGCGCGCUGCCCCGGCCAGCCCAGAGCCCGUCGCGCGCCCGCGCCCCGACGCGGGGCUGAGUUGGGUGCACGCUCCGGCCCCCCCGGAGCCAGAGAGAGAACCCAGGAGCGCCGCCGCCCAGCGCCAGCGCCCUGAACCGGACCGCGGCUCGGGAGCCCUGAACAGCUGCUCCCUCCCCACCGGCAGCCCCUGGAGGGUCGGCGACCAAAGUCUGGGCAUCUGAGAAAGCCAGGGUGGGAACCCUAACUGGACUCUUCCGACCCUCAGGAAGGACCUGAGACCUGAGCCAUCCUCCUCUCUACCGUGCUUGCCCCCCAGGACUGGGCAGUUGCCAGAGGCCCUGGGGGGGGGGCCAGGACUGUGCUGUGCUCCUCCCCACCGCACAGGAUGGGCCCAAGUUAGUCAGCCCAGCCUCACGCAGCAUCCUGCAGGCCCAGAGGGAAGCUCAGGGGCUCUGAAGGCUUGGCCCACCGCCUGACCGCCAUGGAGACGAAGCUGCCCCCCGCGAGCACCCCCGGCAGCCCCUCGUCCCCAGGGCUGUCCCCGGUGCCCCCACCCGACAAGGUGGACGGCUUCUCCCGCCGUUCCCUCCGCAGGGCCCGGCCCCGGCGGUCCCACAGCUCCUCUCAAUUCCGCUAUCAGAGCAACCAGCAGGAACUCAUCCCACUGCCCCUGCUCAAAGAUGUGCCAGCCUCUGAGCUGCAUGAGCUGCUGAGCCGGAAGCUGGCCCAGUGUGGGGUGAUGUUUGACUUCUUGGACUGUGUGGCCGACCUGAAGGGGAAGGAGGUGAAGCGGGCGGCGCUCAAUGAGCUGGUGGAGUGUGUGGGGAGCACUCGGGGGGUCCUCAUUGAGCCUGUCUACCCAGACAUCAUCCGCAUGAUCUCAGUGAAUAUCUUCCGGACGCUGCCGCCCAGUGAGAACCCUGAAUUUGACCCUGAAGAGGAUGAGCCCAACCUUGAGCCUUCAUGGCCACAUCUUCAGCUGGUAUACGAGUUUUUCCUGCGUUUCUUGGAGAGCCCAGACUUCCAGCCCUCCGUGGCCAAGAGAUACGUGGAUCAAAAGUUUGUCCUGAUGCUCCUGGAGCUAUUUGAUAGCGAGGACCCUCGGGAGCGUGAGUACCUCAAGACCAUCUUGCACAGGGUCUAUGGAAAGUUCCUGGGGCUCCGGGCCUACAUCCGCAAACAGUGCAGCCAUAUCUUCCUCCGGUUCAUCUAUGAACUCGAGCACUUCAAUGGCGUGGCUGAGCUGCUGGAGAUCUUAGGAAGCAUCAUCAACGGCUUUGCGCUGCCCCUGAAGACCGAGCACAAGCAGUUUCUGGUUCGAGUCCUGAUUCCCCUGCACUCUGUCAAGUCGCUGUCUGUCUUUCACGCCCAGCUGGCAUACUGUGUGGUACAGUUCCUGGAGAAGGAUGCCACUUUGACAGAGCAUGUGAUCCGGGGUCUGCUCAAAUACUGGCCAAAAACCUGUACCCAGAAGGAGGUGAUGUUUCUGGGGGAGAUGGAAGAGAUUCUGGAUGUCAUUGAGCCCUCCCAGUUCGUGAAGAUCCAGGAGCCCCUCUUCAAGCAGGUGGCUCGCUGUGUGUCCAGCCCCCAUUUCCAGGUUGCAGAGCGGGCUCUGUAUUUCUGGAACAAUGAGUAUAUCCUGAGCCUCAUUGAGGACAACUGCCAUACUGUGCUGCCUGCUGUGUUUGGGACCCUCUACCAAGUCUCCAAGGAGCACUGGAAUCAAACCAUUGUGUCUCUGAUCUACAAUGUGCUCAAGACCUUCAUGGAGAUGAAUGGGAAGCUGUUUGAUGAGCUCACAGCCUCCUACAAGCUGGAAAAGCAGCAGGAACAGCAGAAGGCCCAGGAACGUCAGGAGCUGUGGCAAGGCCUGGAGGAGCUACGGCUACGCCGGUUACAGGGGACCCAGGGGGCCAAAGAGGCCCCGCUCCAGCGGCUUACACCCCAGGUGGCCACCGGUGGAGGUCAGAGCUAAAGAUCUCCAGAAGGGGAGGAGCUAAACCCAGAGCUGUCAGCCCCUCCAUCCUCCCUCCUGCCCAGGGGUCCAGAGAGAUACACACCUACUCCUGGCCUUGCCAGAGGGGGCUCGGAGGGCUUCCUGCCUGGCCCAGCCUGGGCAGUUUCCACUGGGGGGAGAGGAGGAGAGAUGGGGGUCCGGGCAACAGAACUCUCAGGCCGUCCUGGCAGGGCUUGACCAGGGCAAGCUUGACCAGGAAGCUGCCAUCAGGGAUCUGCCUCUGCCCCACAAAGCUGGGCUACAGACUGCAGGCAGGUUCCCACCCCCUGCUCCCAGCCUAGGGCAAGGGGACUCGGCCCCUCACCUGCCCCACCUUGUGCCAGCGGGAGGUCCUUCCUCACCCCACCAUGGGAUCCAUGGUCUAUUUAUUCUCCCCCAGCUCACCUGCAACACAGACAUUAUCCUGGGCCUGGGGCACCCUCCUUCCUUCCCUCCCCUCCCUUGCCCUGUACAUCCUUGUCCCCUUUUUAUUUAUUGGGCAGGGGGAGGGGUGAGGGCACAGGCAGAAGAUUCCCUGUGUCCUGGGGCAAGGGUGGGUGGUCACAGUAACCAUGGUCUGUUCCCCUUUCCCUGGCUGGGGGUAGAUUUAAUAAAGAGAGAAACUCA